GGGAGGAACUAAACCAGUUCUUAGUUGCAUAAUUUUUUCCUUCUAAAGAUUUUUCUUUGGUGUUCUUCACUGAAAAUAAUCCAACUUGCUGGUAUUUUAAAAAAAAUUCAAGAUCAAAAUUAAUAGAUGGAACACCUUGAAGCAUAAUGCAGUUGACUUUGUAAUUAGCAGAGUUGAAAGUGAUGAGAAGAUCCUUUCAUUUUCUUUGUGCCUGCAGGAAGGUGGGAGUCAAUCACUUUGACAAGUCUCCUGAAAGGAACAGCCAGCAGGAGUUGAAACCUUUUUCCAUUUGGUCUCGUGGCAAAGGCAGAGAUUGCUUCAGCAGCUCCGCACAAUAUGACGUGCUCACUGUUGCCCUCUGAACAGUCUUCUGGUACCUCUUUUUUGCCUAAAGACAAUGCCUCAUUUUCUUGGGGUUCCUCAGAUGAAGAUGAAUUGGAUGACUCCUUGUUGGAGUUUUCUGAUGGAGAAGAAGAUGAUGGCCAUUUCAGUUUCACAGAGGAAGAGAUUGAGAUGCUCUUGAAGGAUGAUGAUGGUGGGCAUGAGUAUGGAGAGAGAAAGUGUCAAAUUCUACCUGGUACUCGUCGCGAAAAUUCUUUGUACAGCUUGGGGCCAGCAGCUGAGACCCCUGGCUUCUUCAAACUACCUCAACUAAGUACAUCAGUUGGUCAUGGACCAACUCCUAGUAAAUCAUUAAACAGACACUUUGUACUUGAAAAGAAUCUUAUAAAAGUAACUGUUGUUGCACCAUUUAAUCCAACAGUUUGUGAUCCUGUGCUUGCUAAGGACAAGGUUGAUUCCUCCAAAGAUACAGAAAACCCUGCUUCCCUUGGGGAACGGAUUGGAGAAGAUGACCUUCAUCCUAAUGAGAGUAAACAUUGCACUGAACCUGAAGGGGUCAGUCCCGAUAACUCUGCUCGGGAUGGGCCCCUGCUUUCUUCUCCUUCAAAUAACAACAUCGAACAAACUGCCUCUGAUAAAAACGUACCUGAAAGUAAGAAACCUACCCCUGUGUUCUCUCAGAUCUCCAACCAUUCAGAAGUACCUAACAGGGGAUCAUCCUGGAAAAAUAGUGGAUCACAUAAAUCAGGUUGUGAAGUGAGAAUUCCAGUUGUGUCCAGUUCAUCAAACAGACAUACUUUUGACAAGGAUUCUGGUGAGGUGAAAAGUGAGAGAAGACUAGGCAAAGUCAUUCCUGUUCUACAAACCAGAACCAGGAUGUUUUCACAAUCAGAUCUAGAAAAACAGAAGGAUAUUUAUCUCAGCAAAGUCAUUGCUCAUAUAGAAGACCCAGGGGACUCUAACCAAGGUACCUUGGGAGAGCUAGAUGCCCUGAUGGAUCAAGUUCAUAUGCAGAACCCAGACUGGCAGCAUCCUUCAGAUCUUACUACACGAAAUUAUGCGCGGUUCCGACAGAAACCUCUACAAAGAUACAGUCUGAGUCAGUGGGUCGACAGAAACAAGCGGAGCCACCAUCGUUUCCAGCGUCUCCCAGACUUCUCCUACAGUCCAUAUGUUUCAUCUCAUCCACAGUGACAGUCCCUACCCAGGGUCCGGACCAUAGCAGCAUCUUAUUUUCCUCUGCUAUUUUUGUUUGUAUAUUUUGAGUUUUAUUUUUCACAAGAUUUUUAUUUAAAGAAUUUGUCACCUUUUGGAAAUGCCCAUUACUGUCUUGAGUUUUUUUGAGGAUCCUCCUGAUUUGUGUCUGUCUAUACAUGUUUCAGCAAUAUUAAGUAGUAUUUUUCCCUUCCUACCUCCCUCCUUCCCUCCCUUUUAAUUUAAAAUGAAGGUAGCUCCCCUUUGAAGGCCUGCAGUAAGUCAAAACUUCCUGUCUUACAUAAAUACCAGCUCUAAGCUCUAUUUGUAGUACCCCAAGGAAAUCAUCUUUUAUCCUACUGUAAGGAAGGGAUUGUUCUGCAGGCUACAAGCCAGUGUUACUGUUGAUGACUCGUUCAUGGGUAGAAGUCACUUUUAACAAUUCCUCUUUUUAAAUUUGAGUCUCUUGAGUACUUGUCAGUAUUUUAAGGUUGGCAAUUUGGGACAUUUAAAAUAAGAUGGAGUAGGAGAAAAGUCCUAUUGAAAGGAUAGGUUAAAAAUGUAAAUCCUCUCCUUUCUGUGCCUACUAGCUACCUUUAUUUUUUAAAUUAUUGGCUGUUUUCAUUCUCUGUUAACUAUAUUUUGCUCACAGUGUUUGUAAACCUUACACAUCUUAACUGACAGAAGAUAGCUGACCAACCCUUGUUGAAUAUUCCAUGGUUUUGUGACUAGUUGGUUUCUUUGUCCCUUCAAGGAUUCCCCCAUUCCCAGUGACCACUCUGCUCCUGGAGUUUUUUUACAGGAGAUAUUCUUAUGUCCUGUUAGAUGUAGACAUGCCUUUCAGAAUGCCCUGGCUAUUUACUGAAGAACUUCCAACAGAAUCUUGCUUUGGUGAUGGGUCAGUGCCAUUGAGAUGUCUGGGAGUCUUCAGUUUCAUGUGCAAAACCCCAAGUUUAUGUGUUGGUGUUAUUCUAGGAGCCUCCUUGCUGUGGAAGCCUUUGGAGAGGCACUGUUUUCCUCUCUAGUUGACUACAGGUACCUUUGCACCUGUAUGUUAACAUUUGGUUAGACUCCAUUGUUCUCAGUAGUGCUCAAGAACGUCUAGGGAAAUUGGGAUUGAGCCUGUGCAUUACAACAUUACCAGCUCUCAGUAAGAUUUGGUGUUCUAACCAAAGCUCAUAGGCUUUGUGUGUCUUAAUGGAUGUCUUACAGGCAGCCCUAGACAUGAUUUUGGGAGUUCAUGCUGCUAUCAUUCAUUCUGUGAAUGUUAUUCAUAGUUGUGUAGCCUCUGUCUGGUUGUCUUUUGUAUGUCUCAUUUUUUAUGUGGAUAACUCAUCCUAAAUACUAAAUAACCCAUCCUACUCCACUUUAGAAAAGUGAUUCUUUUUUUGGAGGGGAAGGGUUUCGAGAUAGUGUUUCUCUGUGUAGCCCUGGCUGUCCUAGAACUUGCUUAGUAGACCAGGUUGGCCUCACUCAGAGAUCUGCCUACCUCUGCCUCUCAAGUGCUGGGAUUAAAGGUGUUCCUUACUACCGUUUGGCUAAAAAAGUGACUUUGAUUUUUUUUUUU